UAUUGGUUUCGCUUGAUCUUUUCUUUUCUCACUUUCUCCUUCUUCUUCACCGUCUUGGAAGGGUUUAAGGAUUCCGAAAAGCUCAAAACUUCAGCGAAAAUCUCAUUUCUACUUUUGGGUCAUCCUAUUCCUCUCUGAGGUUCGCCUACGAUGGCGGAAGAGAAUGUGAGGAUUCGUCUGGUGUUUGAGGAUCAACGGAUUCUGAGUAAGUACCAGAAGAAGCAAGGUCUAAAGCGGAGCUGGGUUGUUCUGAAUCCUAAAUGUCAUCGAACUGUUUCAGAGUUUUCUAAUCACCUCCUUUGCACAUUCCGCCUCUUUGAAGCUUGUCCUCAUGGCCUCACUCUAUCAAUGGACGGGUUCGUUUUACCGCCGUUCGAGUCGAGCUGUGUAUUGAAGGAUAAAGAAAUCGUUUUUGUUAAGAAGACGAAGGAACCUUUGUUGGAGAUUCUGGAGGAAGACAGCGAGGAGAAUGUUUGUGCUGUGACUGAGGUUGAGGAGAGGGCUCGGAUUCUUCCUGGUGCAAUGCCUCUUGCUAAUGAGGAAUUCCAGAAGGAAACUGGAGGAUAUGAAAGUGAGUCUGAGGAAGAUGAGCUUGAAGAGAAAGUGGAAGAGAUUGUCCCGGAGAAGAAGACUUCAAAGAAACGUAAAGCUUCGAGCAAAAGCCUAAGCUCCAAGAGGAAGAAGUGUAAGUUAGCUGCUACUGAAGAAAGCCCAGUGGAAAGAGAAAACGCAGCUGUUACAAGCAAAAUCAAUGUUGUAAAGAAGAAGAAACCAUUGGAUGUACAGACGACUGAAAAUGAUGAACAGGAUGAUGCUAAUGCCAAGUCUAUGACCAACUCAAAGAGGUCCUCGCGACAAGAAGAGAGCAAAGAGCCUAACGAACUGUCUGCUGAAACUAAAAAGACACCUAGCAGAAGUGCUCGGCGUAAAAAAGCUAAACGGCAAUGGUUGAGAGAAAAGACAAAACUAGAGAAGGAAGAGCUUCUGCAGAAGCAGUUAGCUGUAGCACCCAGCCAAAAACCAGCUAUCACUAUAGAUUACCAAGUAACGGAGGCAAAUCAUUGUGAAGCUCUUGAAAAUGAAGAGUCAGAUGAAGAUGGUGAUGGUGUCGGGGAUGAAGUGGUCCCUGUGGAAGUGAGGCCAGGCCAUAUUCGCUUCAAGCCGCUCGCUGAAACAGAGCAAUCUUCCCCUGAAAGUGAACCUCCUGCGGAAAACUUCUUGUGGAAUGGAAACAUGACGAAGAAGAAGGGCCAAAAAUGGGGCUCAGAGAAGACAGGAUUUUCCAAACGAUAUGCUCAGGAUUUAGAUGAAGAUACUUAUCAGACACAGCCUCCUGAAGCAGAGACACUUGCUAGGGGUCAGAUCGACUAUGAAAAGCUCGUGGCUUACACUGGCUCAGUAAAGAAAGGAGAUAUAAUUGCGUACCGCCUCAUUGAGCUUACAUCAUCUUGGACGCCCGAAGUUUCUUCCUUUCGAGUUGGAAAGAUAAGCUACUAUGAUCCGGACUCCAAGAAGGUGACUCUGAUGCCUGUUCAAGAAUAUCCAAUUGAAAACAAGACAGAAGAGGACGAAGAUUCCUCUAUGCAACCUGAUACAUCUCUUUACAAAGAAGACGGAUCCUUGGAGAUAGAAUUUUCUGGUCUGAUCGAUGUCCGCUGCAUCAAAACUAGCAGCUCAAAUGCCGCCGAAGUCGCUAAGUCAGCACCGCCAAAAUCUGACCAAACAGCUACAAAUCUAAAGCUGGGCACAAACAACGCUUUGCAAACCCCUGUAAAAGAAAAUGGAAAAGUGAAUCCUUGGGAAGAGCUAAGUGAGGCUUUAAGUGCCAAGAAAGCAGAGUUAACUCAGACCAACAAUGGAUGGAACAAGAAAGGGAGUUCAAGUGGAGGCUCAUGGUCGUACAAGGCACUGCGAGGCAGCGCAAUGGGUCCGGUAAUGAAUUAUCUAAGAUCUGAGAAAGAGAUCUGAGAAAGUAGGACCACCAUCUUUGGAAUGUUUUUUCAUUUUGUUUAUUUUGGAUAUGAAAACUCAAACAAAAGAAGAGAAAUCAUUUUGUUUUGAAUGCUGUGAAGGCAUUGCUGAGUUUUUGUUCGGGUAAAAGGUCUCUAUGUAUAGAGGAAAACGAUGGAUGGAUGUGUACUACUCCCAAGAUCUUUUUUUUAAUUUUAAGUUGAAAAUCCAUUCAAAACUCAAAA